AUGGUUCAGAUUAGCGAAGUCAAGGGCAAUUCGCGCGAGAACAGAACGGCCGCGCACACGCAUAUCAAGGGUCUUGGAUUGCGCUCCGAUGGCAAUGCCGAAACGACUGGAGAUGGUUUCAUCGGUCAGGCCGCUGCCCGUGAGGCAUGCGGUGUCGUGGUCGACCUGAUCAAAGCGAAGAAGAUGGCUGGACGUGCCGUUCUCCUGGCCGGUGGUCCCGGAACUGGAAAGACGGCCCUGGCCCUCGCCGUGUCGCAAGAACUGGGUACCAAGGUCCCGUUCUGUCCCAUCGUGGGUAGUGAGAUUUACUCCGCCGAGGUGAAGAAGACCGAGGCGCUGAUGGAGAACUUCCGACGGGCGAUCGGUCUCCGAGUCCGUGAAACGAAAGAAGUGUACGAAGGUGAAGUGACGGAACUCACGCCCGAAGAAACCGAAAACCCAUUGGGAGGCUACGGUCGGACAAUCUCCCAUUUGAUCAUCGGAUUGAAGUCCGCGAAGGGUACCAAGAAGCUGCGCCUGGACCCCAGCAUCUACGAAGCUAUCCAGAAGGAACGAGUCACCGUCGGAGACGUCAUCUACAUUGAAGCGAACACCGGAGCUUGCAAGCGCGUCGGCCGAUCGGACGCCUAUGCCACCGAAUUCGAUCUCGAAGCCGAAGAGUACGUCCCUGUUCCGAAGGGAGAGGUCCACAAGAAGAAGGAAAUUGUGCAGGAUGUGACGCUACAUGAUCUGGAUAUGGCCAACGCCCGGCCACAGGGCGGACAGGACGUCAUGAGCAUGAUGGGCCAACUGAUGAAGCCCAAGAAGACCGAAAUCACGGAGAAGCUGCGUCAGGAGAUCAACAAGGUGGUCAAUCGCUACAUCGACCAGGGCGUUGCCGAACUUGUCCCCGGUGUGCUCUUCAUCGAUGAGGUCCACAUGCUCGACCUCGAAUGCUUCACCUACCUGAACCGAGCCCUCGAAUCCACCAUCUCCCCCAUUGUCAUCCUUGCCUCCAACCGCGGCCACACGGUCAUCCGCGGCUCCGAAGACGUCACCGCCGCGCACGGCGUCCCCUCCGACCUUCUCGCCCGUCUCCUCAUCAUCCCCACGCACCCGUACACGCCCGACGAAAUCAAGACGAUCAUCCGUCUGCGCGCCAAGACAGAAGGCAUCAACAUCACCGACCCGGCCCUAGAGAAGGUCUCCGAACACGGCAGCAAGGUCAGUCUGCGGUAUGCCCUGCAGCUGCUGACUCCUGCCAGCAUCCUUGCGCGCGUCAACGGACGCCCGGGAGGCAUCGAGGAGGCUGACGUCGCGGAAUGCGAGGAUCUGUUCCUGGAUGCGAAGAGAAGUGCGACGAUCGUGAACCAGGAUAGUGACAAGUUCCUUUAA